CCGGAAGACGGCUACAACCCAACGCAGUAGCCAGAGAGAGAGAAAGAGCUGUAGUCUACCGCCGUACAACUCGUACUUCUGCAAACUCUCUCUUCACUUUGCAGUGGUACUGCUCCUGUUCACUUCAUGGCACCAGUCGUAGCGGCACUUUCGGCCAAUGGCGAUUUAGUGGCGGCUGCGCUGCCGUCGGCGUCGCCCUCGUCUUCCUCCUCGGCAUUGCGGGUGCUCGUCUUCCAAACCGCCACGGCGCAGCUGCAAACGACGCUCGCUACAUCAUCCAAGAAAUUAGCAGACAGCAGUACUAGUCAGCAUCAAGUUAUCCGGGCGAUUACCUUUGGUAACCAAAACACGCUGGUGGCGGCCUUGACGGAGAACGCCCAAAGCCAUACCGCCCUCCAUCGAUCCGGUGGAGGAGCUGUACUGGUUUGGGAUCUGACACGCGGCGUGUUGGCCUACGAAAUACCCACAGCUCAAUCAGUGGACCAAAGCAUCCUCAGCAUCGCGCUGUACGAUUCUCAUUUAUAUGUGUUGCUAUCCUUGCACAGCGGAACCAGCAAGAAUAAGUCCAACGCCAACAGUAAACUACAGAUUCAUCAAUACGAUGCUGUCACGGGAGUUUUGCAACGGAAAAUCAAAGCCGGAAAACAAGGAUCAGCCCACGGUUGUUCCUUGGCCGUUACCGAGGGCACACUCUUGGUCCGACAGGCCGAUGUCGUCCGGGUCUUGCAUCGACACACGGCGAGCAAAAUUGCCAAACUCUCAGUGGGAUCAGUGGGAAACGACGAUGUCGAUGAUACCAACCGCAGUCUCGUCAAUUCUAUUGCAGCGGCUCGCAACGUCGGUGCCACACUCGCUGGGGAUCAAAUGGUGCUUUUCCAUUCCCUGACUGGAGCCAAGUUUGUCAAACAAGAUCUGCCGUCGCACGCGGACCGUACAGGCUUGCAAGUUUGGGACUCUACCAAUACUGAAGCCGAUGGAAAGGACAGUGACGAGGUUGCGUUUGUGACCGAUGGGGUUGACAUUUAUCGUAUCCGUAACAGUGACGAUUCCUCGACCGGCUCGUCUCGGGUGGAGAAGGUCACCAGACUCGUCGUUGACGCGAACCAAGAUCGCAACGAUACCGCAGUAUUGGGAUGGCAGAACCAGGUAAUUGUGGUCGUUGCCAACCGGCAACAAAAGAGCAAUGCAGCUUCCUUGCAGAUUCGACGACACAAUCUCGUCGACGAGAUUGUGAUAGCGUGGCAGACCCCCGAAUUCGAUAAGGAUAUCACAAUGAAAGACCCGAGCAUGUCGCUGGCCGCCAGUAAGCGUAAAGCAGACAUGCAGACUGUUCUAGGACCCGCCCAAGCGGGAGGCGAAGCAAAAGCGAUCGAUGGUCCGAUACCGAAGCGAACUAAAAUGGACGAGGAAGAAGAAGAGGAAGAAGGGGGAAUAGAGGGACCUUCUGUAGGCGAACGACUUAGGCUGCUGCGCCAAGCACUUGAAAAGGAAGAGGAAAGCGAUGAUGAUGACAACGAUGACGACACGGAAAAGUCAAAAAUCUCCUACCCGCCGAAGAAGGCCACGACCGAGUCGUUGACACAGUUGUUAACGCAAGCGUUGCAAUCUGGCGAUGACUCCAUGUUAGAGUUGGCCUUGUCUGUACGCGACACCAAUAUACUACAGGAAACCUGUCAGCAACUUGCGGACGAGCACUUGCCAACUUUGUUGAAUGCACUGACAUCUAGACUCGCAUCGAAGCCAGCUCGCGCCGAAUUUCUCUGCGUUUGGAUACGGGUAGUACUAUUGACGGGUCGGAUUCGAUCGGCCGGGCAUUUGCAGCCGCUGCGGAAUUUGCUACAGGAACGCAUCGAAGUAUUUCCGGCCCUCUUGCAGCUCGAAGGCCGAUUGAGUAUGAUGGGGAGGUUAUAAGCAGAAAAAGGAGUAGCUAGCGAUAUGGUUACGAUAAACGCAAAUUUGAACGUUGCUUCGAUCUGCCUACCUGCUCAGAUUAUCUGCAAUAUGUGGCUCUCUCAAACAAAAAUGCUGUAACUAUCCACCGUGCUUGCCCUUUUUUCGAGAACUCUCAUUCUUUGCGAUUCUAGAACUAAUCGCAGCUAACGCAAGGAUUAUGGACGCG